UGCAUGGAGUGUGGGAAAAGCUUCAGUCGGAAUGAUACUCUUACUUCCCAUCAAAGAACUCACACAAGGGAAGAACCAUAUAAAUGUCUGGAGUGUGGGAAAAGCUUCAGUAAUAAUGCAAAACUUUCUUCCCAUCAAAGAAUUCAUACAGGGGAGAAACCUUAUAAAUGCCUGGAGUGUGGGAAAAGCUUCAGUAGGAGUGCAGACCUUACUUCCCAUCAAAGAAUUCACACAGGGGAGAAACCAUAUAAAUGCAUGGAGUGUGGGAAAAGCUUCAGUCGGAAUGAGACUCUUACUUCCCAUCAAAGAAUUCACACAAGGGAAGAACCAUAUAAAUGCCUGGAGUGUGGGAAAAGCUUCAGCGAUAGUGGAUACCUAAAAGUCCAUCAAAGAAUUCACACAGGGGAGAAACCACAUAAAUGUCUGGAGUGUGGGAAAAGCUUCAGUAAUAAUGCAAAUCUUUCUUCCCAUCAAAGGAUUCACACAGGGGAGAAACCAUACAAAUGCCUGGAGUGUGGGAAAAGCUUCAGAAAUAAUCGCAGACUUACUGUCCAUCGAAGAAUUCACACAGGGGAGAAACCAUAUCAAUGCCUGGAGUGUGGGAAAAGCUUCCGUUGGAAUGACAGUCUUACUUCCCAUCAUAUCAUUCACACAGGGGAGAAACCCUAUAAGUGCCUGGAGUGUGGGAAAAGUUUCAGUCGUAAUGGCACUCUUACUAUCCAUCAAAGAAUUCACACAAGGGAAGAACCAUUUAAAUGCCUGGAGUGUGGGAAAAGCUUCAGUAGUAAUGCAACACUUUCUUCCCAUCAAAGGAUUCACACAGGGGAGAAACCAUAUCAAUGCCUGGAGUGUGGGGAAAGCUUCCGUUGGAAUGACAGUCUUACUUCCCAUCAAAUCAUUCACACAGGGGAGAAACCGUAUAAGUGCCUGGAGUGUGGGAAAAGUUUCAGUCGUAAUGGCACUCUUACUAUCCAUCAAAGAAUUCACACAAGGGAAGAACCAUUUAAAUGCCUGGAGUGUGGGAAAAGCUUCUGUACUAAUGCAACACUUUCUUCCCAUCAAAGGAUUCACACAGGGGAAAAACCAUAUCAAUGCCUGGAGUGUGGGAAAAGCUUCCGUUGGAAUGACAGUCUUACUUCCCAUCAAAUCAUUCACACAGGGGAGAAACCGUAUAAGUGCCUGGAGUGUGAGAAAUGUUUCAGUCGUAAUGGCACUCUUACUAUCCAUCAAAGAAUUCACACAAGGGAAGAACCAUAUAAAUGCCUGGAGUGUGGGAAAAGCUUCAGUAGUAAUGCAAAACUUUCUUCCCAUCAAAGGAUUCACACAGGGGAGAAACCAUAUCAAUACCUGGAGUGUGGGAAAAGCUUCCGUUGGAAUGGCACUCUUACUAUCCAUCAAAGAAUUCACACAGAGAAACCACAUACAUGUCUGGAGUGUGGGAAAAGCUUCAGUAGUAAUGCAACACUUUCUUUCCAUCAAAGGAUUCACACAGGGGAGAAAUCAUAUAAGUGCCUGGAGUGUGGGAAAAGCUUCAGUCGGAAUGACACUCUUACUUACCAUCAAAGAAUGCAUACAGGGGAAAAACCAUAUAAAUGCCUGGAGUGUGGGAAAAGCUUCAGAAAUAAUGCAAGACUUUCUUCCCAUCAAACGAUCCAUACAGGAGAGAAACCGUAUAAAUGUCUGGAGUGUGGGAAAAACUUCAGGCGGAGAGAUAGUCUUACUUCCCAUCAAAGAAUUCACAUGGGGGGAGAAACCAUAUACCUGCCUGGAGUGUGGGAAAAGCUUAAGUAG